AAGUUAAACUCACUAGAUUCAUAUCCUUUAUUAUUAUUACUCCAUUAUUAUACUCCACAAUAUAUAUCUAUGAAAAAUGCAAGAUCCAAACCAUUUGAUUAUUGAUUAGUUUUUGUCCAUAAACUAAGGAAAAAAGAAGUUAAAUACCAACCCAUUUGCCUCAUUGUACUUUUUCUCUUUUCUUUAUUUCUUUCUCUGACUAUAUACUGAAUCACAUUAUUCAUUUCAUCAUCAAAAACAGGAAUUAACAGCUCAAUAAAGUUUCAUUACCCAAAAUCAUACCUGAAUCUAAACUUCCUCAUAUCCAUCAUCAUCACAUUCCCUCUUCUCUUUUCAUUCAUACAAAUUCCCCCACAAUUUUCAUUUCUCAUUCCCAACAAAAGAUUGCAAAAUGCUGUUUUUCAUUUGUUAAUUUAAUUUAAUUUAAUUAUUUUUUACCUUUUUUAUUUUUGUAGCAAUUCAUUUUCAAUUUUCUUCCCCUUUUUUGCUGCAACCUACAAUAUUCAAUAUUUGAUUUUUCACCAAUGCAUGCUACAAAAUCUGGAAUUUCCAUUGACCCAUUUCAAUUUUCCAUCUCAAUUUCAUAAAGCUUCUCUGACAUUGUUUUGAAUUCACGUGUUUCUUCAUUGACCGAGAUCUAGGGUUUCUCAACCAUAUUCUUCGCACAUUGUUCCCUUUCACGCUUCUUCUAGAACAAAUCAACGUUUUCAUGUUAAAUUGAUUUUUUUUCCUUCAUGGGUUUUCUAUAAAGCUUCAAAAUUUGUUAAUUUCAGCUUCUGGGUCGCAAUGUUGAAGCAAUUCCUAAGUAAACUUCCUCGCAAAGCGUCAAAAUCUGACUCCGACGAGUCACCCCGAGGCGACUCGUCUGGCUCGCCUCGAGCCGCCGGAAAAAACAGCAGGUCACACGGCGGAAAUGAAGGUGGUAAAACCAGCGCCGGUAAAAGGAACUCCUCGGCGGCAGUUUUUCCGACGGGGACCGUUUCGUUGAUUGAACCGUUGGUGCCGUUUAAGGAUGUUUCUAGCUCGGAAAAAAUGAACCUUUUUGUGAGCAAAUUGAGUCUUUGUUGUGUGGCGUUUGAUUUCACCGAUCCUGCUAAGAACGUUGUGGAAAAAGAUGUAAAGAGAAGAACUUUGGUUGAACUUGUUGAUUUUGUUUCAUCUUUUGGUUCAUCAAAGUUUAGUGAACCAGCUAUUCUUGCAAUGUGUAGAAUGUGUGCUAUUAAUCUCUUUCGCGUUUUCCCGCCAAAUUAUAGGGCUAAUAAUCGAGGUGGUGGCGGUGAGAAUGACGAUGAUGAACCGUCUUUUGAUCCAGCUUGGCCUCAUCUUCAUCUUGUUUAUGAAUUAUUGCUUAAAUUUAUAACAUCAUCUUGUCUUGAUGCUAAGGUUGCAAAAAAGUAUUUUGACCAUUCAUUUAUUUUGGCAUUGUUGGAGUUGUUUGAUUCGGAGGAUCCUAGGGAAAGAGAUUGUUUGAAGACAAUUCUGCAUAGGGUUUAUGGAAAAUUCAUGGUUCAUAGACCUUUUAUUCGGAAAUCGAUUAACAACGUGUUUUAUAAGUUUGUGUUUGAGACUCAGAAACAUAAUGGGAUUGCUGAGUUGUUGGAGAUUUUUGGGAGUGUAAUAAGUGGUUUUGCUUUGCCAUUGAAAGAGGAACACAAAAUUUUCUUGUGGAGAGUUUUGAUUCCUUUGCAUAAGCCUAGAUCUAUGGGGGUUUACUUUCAACAACUGUCUUAUUGUGUUACACAGUUUAUAGAGAAAGAGCCGAAGUUGGCUAGCGUUGUGAUAAGGGGUUUGUUGAAAUAUUGGCCAAUAACACAUAGUCAGAAAGAGGUAAUGUUCCUUGGAGAAUUGGAAGAAAUUUUGGAAACAAUUAACAUGGUAGAGUUCCAAAAGGUCAUGGUACCAUUGUUUUGGCGAAUUGGAUAUUGCAUUAGCAGUUUACACUUUCAGGUAUCUGAAAGAGCCCUUUACUUGUGGAACAAUGACCACAUUGUCAAUUUGAUUGCUCACAACCGUCAGGUGCUACUACCUAUCAUAUUUCCAGCUCUGGAGAGGAAUGCUCAAAGCCACUGGAAUCCGGCAGUGCUCAACUUAACUCAUAAUGUUAGAAAGAUGUUCGUGGAGAUGGAUGAGAAACUCUUCCUUUCUUGUCAAUCUCAGUAUAAGGAGGAUGAAGCAAUGCUAAACUUGGAAUCCGAGAAACGAAAAGAAGCUUGGAAACAAUUAGAACAUACAGCCAGUCUCAAACCUGUAGUCGGAAACACCGCUGUUUUAGUGUCUCCGAUAUGAUAACGGGAAAUUAUGUAUGUAUGUAUGUAUGUAUGUAUGUAUGUAUGAGUAUGAUACAAUCAAAAUCAAUUUUUAUCUCUUUCCACCUGUUAUGGUGGAAAACCACAAGAAAUGUGGUAAAUGGUUGUUCCUGGGAGCAACUUUUCAUUUUUUGGGUCAUAUAUGACUUAUGCUUCUGGCAGCCAAAUGUUGUAACAUGUAACAUGUUUUUCAUUGAUAACUGUAUGGUAGCAACUUACCUCCUCAAGUUAAGUUAUGAGAAGGACCAUGCAGCUGAUUAAUCAAACCAAUUUUUUGUAUAA